CCCGCAGCUCCUCACACCCUUUUAGUUAGCUGAGGGAUUUUUACCACAGAAAGGCCAUGGACGGAGCAGCUAAUUGGCAGGGACGUGGAGGUGAUGAGGAGGUGAUGCGUUACUUCGUGGCUGGAUCCCCAAUCAUUUAUGAAUUUAUAGAACUUCUUCAAGGUCUAAGUCCAAAGCUGAAGGAGGUGCCUACAGUGGAAAAGUGUGACUUCAUUCUGUUUUUUUCCCCAAGUGUUUCUGAAGCCAAAACUGCCGUUGAAAGUGCUUUGCUAGAGCUUCAUCACACUGAACCGACCAAGCCUGUUCUUCUAGUGGUGCUCCAUUACACAGUAGAUGGUGACAUCAGCAUAUCAGAUAGUAGUGAAUAUUUAAGAGAGAGCACCCUCACAGUGGACUGUCUGAUCUCCAACGACGAGAAUCUCCUGCAGUGCACAAAGAAUGAUGAAGCACUGACCAAAGCUAAAGAAUGGAUCCAGUCUGAGAUAGAAAAAAAGAAGCCUGAAAUUCAACAUAAUUGGCAGGGACGUGGAGGUGAUGAGGAGGUGAUGCGUUACUUCGUGGCUGGAUCCCCAAUCAUUUGUGAAUUUAUAGAACUUCUUCAAGGUCUGAGUCCAAAGCUGAAGGAGGUGCCUACAGUGGAAAAGUGUGACUUCAUUCUGUUUUUUUCCCCAAGUUUUUCUGAAGCCAAAACUGCCAUUGAAAGUGCUUUGCUAGAGCUUCAUCAUACUGAAUCGACCAAGCCUGUUCUUCUAGUGGUGCUCCAUUACACAGUAGAUGGUGACAUCAGCAUAUCAGAUAGCAGUGAAUAUUUAAGAGAGAGCACCCUCACAGUGGACUGUCUGAUCUCCAACGACGAGAAUCUCCUGCAGUGCACAAAGAAUGAUGAAGCACUGACCAAAGCUAAAGAAUGGAUCCAGUCUGAGAUAGAAAAAAAGAAGCCUGAAAUUCAACAUAAUUGGCAGGGACGUGGAGGUGAUGAGGAGGUGAUGCGUUACUUCGUGGCUGGAUCCCCAAUCAUUUGUGAAUUUAUAGAACUUCUUCAAGGUCUGAGUCCAAAGCUGAAGGAGGUGCCUACAGUGGAAAAGUGUGACUUCAUUCUGUUUUUUUCCCCAAGUUUUUCUGAAGCCAAAACUGCCAUUGAAAGUGCUUUGCUAGAGCUUCAUCACACUGAACCGACCAAGCCUGUUCUUCUAGUGGUGCUCCAUUACACAGUAGAUGGUGACAUCAGCAUAUCAGAUAGUAGUGAAUAUUUAAGAGAGAGCACCCUCACAGUGGACUGUCUGAUCUCCAACGACGAGAAUCUCCUGCAGUGCACAAAGAAUGAUGAAGCACUGACCAAAGCUAAAGAAUGGAUCCAGUCUGAGAUAGAAAAAAAGAAGCCUGAAAUUCAACAUAAUUGGCAGGGACGUGGAGGUGAUGAGGAGGUGAUGCGUUACUUCGUGGCUGGAUCCCCAAUCAUUUGUGAAUUUAUAGAACUUCUUCAAGGUCUGAGUCCAAAGCUGAAGGAGGUGCCUACAGUGGAAAAGUGUGACUUCAUUCUGUUUUUUUCCCCAAGUUUUUCUGAAGCCAAAACUGCCAUUGAAAGUGCUUUGCUAGAGCUUCAUCACACUGAAUCGACCAAGCCUGUUCUUCUAGUGGUGCUCCAUUACACAGUAGAUGGUGACAUCAGCAUAUCAGAUAGCAGUGAAUAUUUAAGAGAGAGCACCCUCACAGUGGACUGUCUGAUCUCCAACGACGAGAAUCUCCUGCAGUGCACAAAGAAUGAUGAAGCACUGACCAAAGCUAAAGAAUGGAUCCAGUCUGAGAUAAAAAAAAAGAAGCCUGAAAUUCAACAUAAUUGGCAGGGACGUGGAGGUGAUGAGGAGGUGAUGCGUUACUUCGUGGCUGGAUCCCCAAUCAUUUGUGAAUUUAUAGAACUUCUUCAAGGUCUGAGUCCAAAGCUGAAGGAGGUGCCUACAGUGGAAAAGUGUGACUUCAUUCUGUUUUUUUCCCCAAGUUUUUCUGAAGCCAAAACUGCCAUUGAAAGUGCUUUGCUAGAGCUUCAUCACACUGAACCGACCAAGCCUGUUCUUCUAGUGGUGCUCCAUUACACAGUAGAUGGUGACAUCAGCAUAUCAGAUAGUAGUGAAUAUUUAAGAGAGAGCACCCUCACAGUGGACUGUCUGAUCUCCAACGACGAGAAUCUCCUGCAGUGCACAAAGAAUGAUGAAGCACUGACCAAAGCUAAAGAAUGGAUCCAGUCUGAGAUAAAAAAAAAGAAGCCUGAAAUUCAACAUGAGCAUCCCUGUGCAUCCAUAGAUCGCGCUAAUCAAACUGGAACAGAGGAGGAAUGUGAUGGCGUUCUGCAUGACAUUGAUGAAGCAGAGCAAAUACUAAAUGACCUGCCAGCCACUAGGCCUGCUGCUUCAGGGAUGCUCUAUCAUACACCUAACCCAGACCUCACUGUGUUACAGAAGUGCGCUCAAAAUGAUAACGCUCCUCCUGAGGAAUCAAAGCCAACAAAAUCCAUGGGCAGAAAUAAAAGGCCAUGUCAGUCACCUCCUGUAGAAACCAAGCCUGUAAACAUUUUCUCUUGUGUUACUGGGAACACUCUGGGAUCUCAUAAUGAAUUUGUGAGAAUUCUCUGCAAACGAAGAGCAGAACUGCAGGAGGUUCCUACAGUGGAGAAGUGUGAUGUCAUUCUGGCUUUCUGUCCUGUUGUAUCAGCGGCUGGUAUUGACACUAAAAACGCACUGCAGCAACUUAAUGAUGUAUCCGGUUCUAGGCCUGUUGUUCUGGUGGUGCUCCAUCACACAUUUGACCCAGAGCUCAUUGUUCCAGACAGCAGCAGAUCAGUAAACAGAGAGAAAACACUGACAGUGGACUGUCUGUUCUAUGAGGAUAAAGGACUGCUGCACUGUAGGAGGAAUGAUGAGGCUCUCAGCAGAGUUUCAGAGUGGAUUGACACUCAGGCAUCAGAAGCAAUUAAACAAUUUGGCAACUCGAUGGGGAAAAUGACUAGAAUGCUUUGGAGAUAUCCGAAGAUACCAAAUCCUUUGUCUUUCAUACAGAAGAACAUGGGGUCGAGUUCUGUAACAGGAGUAAGUCAAGAUCUGCCACAGGUCAAACUCUGUCUUGGAAAGCUUAAUUUUUUCACUUGUGUUACUGGGAACACUCUGGAGUCUCAUAAGGAAUUUGUGAGAAUUCUCUGCAAACGCAGAGCAGAACUGCAGGAGGUUCCUACAGUGGAGAAGUGUGAUGUCAUUCUGGCUUUCUGUCCUGUUGUAUCAGCGGCUGGUAUUGACAUUAAAAACGCACUGCAGCAACUUAAUGAUGUAUCCGGUUCUAAGUCUGCUGUUCUGGUGGUGCUCCAUCACACAUUUGACCCAGAGGUCAUUGUUCCAGACAGCAGCAGAUCAGUAAACAGAGAGAAAACACUGACAGUGGACUGUCUGUUCCAUGAGGAUAAAGGACUGCUGCACUGUAGGAGGAAUGAUGAGGCUCUCAGAAGAGUUUCAGAGUGGAUCGAGGUGAUACUGAGGGGGGUGUCACAGGAAGAGAGGAGGAUGGAGUGGGAACCCACAGGAGGAGGACAUGAGGAGCCUGGAUCAGCUGGUAGACCAUGAAGAUCAUCCAGAAAUGUGUUGAUCAACCCAGAAAACUGCACAUACAAAGUGAACAUAGAUUUUGUUGAGCUAACAUAAUAUGAACUAUGGGCUCUGUUCAAGCUUAUUUGUGUUCUGUUAAUAUACGUUUUACUUAGUAUUGAUUAUUAUGAACGGAUUCAUUUUCAUAAUGCCUCUUAACAAAGCCACAUCAAGGUGAACAUUGGCCCCAGACUAUAAAUCCUGGGGGCACCUCCAUUGCUCACACACAUUGCUCUUGUCUGACAUAAAGUGAGAGUUAAAGGGGGGGUUUGUCUCUGAUGUUCAACUUAACCCUUUUAUUUUGAAGGAGCAAUUUACACAAUAUAGCAUGGAAGUAAGUAACAAUACCAUAACUUCAGCCCUUUUAUGGAGCUGUUUUUAACUGUUUAGAGAAAGCGAGUUCAUUAGAUAGUGGUAGUGAUGCUGCUGUGAUAUUUGACAUGUUUUUUCUUCCACAUUUGCUACACAGGGUAUAGCUGUAUUUCAUAUAACGGAAUUUACAUAAUCACGUAGAUUUAAGCUAAUCUUCUAACGUGGUUCAAAAGCUUAUGAAGGGUAGUUGUCGAUGAUCACCAGUCAUGGUAGUUUCAUCAUUCACUUUUGUUUAUUUGUUUGUGUUUCGUUCAUUGAGUGCCUUUCGUCUGAUUAUAAAUGCUACUUUAUGCUGAGCUUCACUUGGUGGCCUAAUAGGAAGUAAUACAUUACUGUUAACUCAGUAGAACUACUGUAAAAGACACACUUAUUAGGUUUCUCUUUCCACAUUGCAUGUAUGUAGAUACUGCUUGGCAUCCACAAAGCAAGGAUUCUCAUUAUCAAAAUGCUGUCUGAGUAAUCCGUCUUGGGAAACACAAUGCUGAUCUACAGGGAUCUUCUUCACUGUGCAUGUCAAAUCCAAACUAGAAACGAUGUAUGUGGUAUUGUUUGCAAUCUGUGUUGUCGUCUAACUGCGUGUAUGCCACGCUUUUAUGAACUGCACUGUACACUCUCAGAAAAAAAGGUAUGACACUGUCACUGGGGCAGCACCCUUUUUGUCACUGUGGUGGUACCCUCAGGGGUACAUCUUAGUACCUUUAGUCAGGGAACAUAACUGUACCAGAAUCUGUUGAAAUGAUAUUCUCUAAGUUGUGCUGACUCCACACACCCUGUCUUA